GAGCAGGAAAGGAAAACCGAUCAAGAGCAGUCAGAUAGUGACGAGGAGAUUGGGCCGGAUGAAGAAGACAAGCAGGUAGAGCAGGAACGGCAAAUGACUAAAGAGAGCUCCGAGCCUGAUGGUGAAGAUGAGGUGCAGGACGAACUGGACGAGCUGCUCGAGCAGUCAAGGCAAAUGGAUCAGGAGAGCUCAGAAUCUAAUGGUGACGACGAGGAGGAGGACGAACUGGACGAGCAGGAAGGGCAAAUGGAUCAAGAGAGCUCAGAAUCUGAGGGUGAAGAUGAGGAGGAGGACGAAGUGGACGGGCAGGAAGGGCAAAUGGAUCAAGAGAGCUCAAAAUCUGGUGGUGAAGACGAUGAGCAGGACGAAGAGGGCGACCAGGAAAGACAAAUGGAUCAAGAGAGCUCAGAAUCUGAUGGUGAAGUUGAGGAGCGGGACGGAGAGGACGACCAGGAAAGGCAAAUGGAUCAAGAGAGCUCAGAAUCUAACGGUGAAGACGAGGAUCAAGACGAAGAGGACGACCAAGAAAGGCAAAUGGAUCAAGUGAGCUCAGAAUCUGACGGCGAAUAUGAGGAGCGGGACGGAGAGGAUGACCAGGAAAGGCAAACAGAUCAAGAGAGCUCAGAAUCUGAUGAUGAAGUUGGGGAGGAGGACGAAGAGGAUGAGCAGGAAAGGCAAAUUGACCAAGAGAGCUCAGAAUCUGAUGGUGAAGACGAGGAGCAGGACGAAGUGGACGAGGAGGUAGAACAGGAAAUGCAAAUUGAUCAAGAGCUCUCAGAAUCUGAACAAGCACACUCGGAAAGCCAAAGCAUUCAAGCUCCUGUGGAGUCUGCUGGUAGCGAAGAAGAGGACGAGCAGAUAGAGCAGGAAAUGCAUAUCGAUCAAGCAUACUCGGAAUUUGAUGGUGAAGACGAGGAACAGUACGUAGAAGAACACCUGGGGGAGGAGGAAAGCCAAAACAAUCAAGAAUCUGUAGGUGGGGAUGAGGAGGGACAGGAAGAAGAGGACGAGCAGGUGGAGGAUGUUUUAGACGGGGGAUGUGUUCACAAAAACUCCUCUGAGCCGGUAUUGGCACCACCACCGUCCAAGCAUACAGCGAUAGCGAACAUGACGUUGGACGAGGACAUGCUCGAUUGCGGUGUUUGUUUCCUACCCCUCAAGCCACCAAUCUUCCAGUGUGAUGUCGGCCACGUGGUGUGCUCGUCGUGUCGGUACAAGCUGGCCACGUUUGGGAGGUGCCAUGUGUGUAGCACCGCCAUUACCGGUGGCUACCGCCGGUGCCAUGCCUUGGAGCAGCUGGUGGAGUCCAUCCGGGGGUCAUGCCCCAAUGCAACCUAUGGCUGCGCUGCCAGGGUGCCCUACUAUGACCUCCAUGCUCACCUUCUGGAUUUCCCACACGCUCCGUGCCACUGCCCUAGAGAAGCAUGUGGCUUCGUUGGCUCGACAUCGGCGCUCCUUGAUCACUUCGUCGGCACACACAAGUGGCCAUGCAUCACCGGGGUUCGGAACAGCGAGAAUCGUGCCAUCCACCUCCAUGAUGGCUUCAACUUCAUGGCUGUCGUCCAUGACACCAGAGAGUACCUAUUCCUGUUAAGGGUGACGCGCUCACCAUUUGGCCGCGUGAUAUCGUCCGUGUGCUUACACCCUCAAGCCGCAGCCGAUGGUUCUCGGUCAAAGAAUGUGAAGUGCAGGCUCCAGCUCAUCUACUUGCGCGACAUCUUCGAUGACUCUGACGUGCUGUCCCAUGUCCAGGAUUCUUCUUUCAAAGUGACAUGCACUGAUCUCUCCAGUGGGAUGCCCAACCUCUGCUUCCAGUUCAUCGUGCCCUAUGAGGUUCAACCAGAAGCUGCGGCUACUGUCGAAGUCAAAGUAUCUUUCACCAUCCGGUAGAUCAACUGCUUAUCUGCCUUUAGUUAGCUUUAUCG